AUGAAGUUCUAUAAUAUAUUAUCUGUCGCUUCUAUAGCGUCUUUAGUCUUCGCUGCUCCAGUGAGCGUCAAUGACGCCAAGGAGAUUGCCGCCACCUUCCCACAGGAAGCAUUGCUUGGGUUUUUAGACUUGACUGAUGCGGAGAAUAUCGUUAUCUUGUCACUAGUUGACGAAGAAAAGUCCGGCAUUGCAUUGGUUAAUAAAACAAUUUGGGCGACUGCACGUUCUGAACAAGCUGCUGGAAUUUCUAAGAGAGACGCUGACGCCUGGCACUGGCUGAGAUUUGAUCGUGGUCAACCAAUUCACAAGAGAAGUGCUGAUGCCGUGGCUGACGCCUGGCACUGGCUGAGAUUUGAUCGUGGUCAACCAAUUCACAAGAGAAGUGCUGAUGCCGUGGCUGACGCCUGGCACUGGCUGAGAUUUGAUCGUGGUCAACCAAUUCACAAGAGAAGUGCUGAUGCCGUGGCUGACGCCUGGCACUGGUUGAGAUUCGACCGUGGUCAACCAAUUCACAAGUGA